CUAAAGGCUGAGACCUAUUUGUCAGGACACUAACAGCUUCAGGACACUUUAUUUAAUCAUGGAGAUAUUAGAUCUAUUUCUCCAGACCUUCAGUUCUGUCUCCCUGUUGGGAACUAUAAUGAUCUUGCUGCUCGUCUACCUUGUUUCGACCUUCAGCUUCACCUCCCAGGAGGACAAGAAGGAGCCUCCAGGCCCCAGACCGCUUCCCCUGCUUGGUAACCUGCUGCAGAUGGAUCUCAAGAGGCCCUACGAAACGUUACUGAAGUUUUCCAAGAAAUAUGGAUCAGUGUUCACCAUCUAUUUGGGACCCAAGAAAGUGGUGGUCCUGGCAGGAUACAAGACAGUGAAGGAAGCUCUUGUCAACCACGCUGAAGAGUUCGGAGAACGAGCCCAGAUGCAAAUAAUGAACGAUGUUAGUCAAGGACAUGGGGUUUUAUGGUCCAAUGGAGAAUCAUGGAAAGAAAUGAGGCGCUUUGCUUUGACGAACCUGAGAGAUUAUGGGAUGGGUAAAAAGGCAUGUGAGGACAAAAUCUGUGAGGAAAGUCAGCAACUUACUGAAGUGUUUAAGAAAUUCAAAGGCGAAGCCUUUGAUAUGACCCAACCAAUAAACUAUGCAGUCUCUAAUAUUAUCUGCUCCAUGGUCUAUGGCAGCAGGUUUGAAUAUGAUGACCCAGAAUUUACAUCUCUGGUAGAUCGAACAAACAAAUACACUCUUCUUGUGGGCUCUCCAUCUAUACAGGUGUACAACCUGUUCCCAUGGAUUGGUAGAUGGAUCAGUAACAAGAAGAAAUUCUGCAAAUUGUAUGAAGCCAAUAAGAAAAUGAACUUGGAGCUUGUCAGACGUCUGAAAGAGACCCUCAAUCCACAGAUGUGCAGAGGUUUUGUGGACGCGUUUUUGGUCCGCAAGCAACAUCUGGAGAAAUCUGAGAUUACCAACAGUCACUUCCACAAUGAAAACCUUUUGAUGACAGUUAUUCAACUGUUUGGUGCUGGCACUGAAACAACCUCAACUACAAUCAGAUGGGGGCUCCUAUUUAUGGCUAAAUAUCCAAAAAUCCAAGACCAGGUCCAGGAGGAGCUGAGCAGGGUGAUAGGAAGUCGUCAGGUGCAGGUUGAAGACAGGAAGAACCUGCCCUUCACUGACGCUGUCAUCCAUGAGACACAGAGACUGGCCAACAUCUCCCCCAUGUCACUGCCUCACAAAACGAGCCAAGACAUCACUUUCCAGGGUUACUUCAUCAAGAAGGGGACCACAGUGUAUCCUCUCCUCACAUCUGUCCUGUAUGAUGAAAGUGAGUGGGAGAAACCAUACUCCUUUUAUCCUGCUCACUUCCUGGACAAAGAUGGAAAGUUUGUCAAGCGAGAUGCAUUCCUACCUUUUUCUGCAGGUCGCAGGAUUUGUCUCGGAGAGAGUCUGGCCAGGAUGGAGCUCUUCAUCUUCUUCACCUCCCUCCUACAGCACUUUCGUUUCACUCCUCCGCCCGGACUUUCAGAGGAUGAACUGGAUCUGACUGCACACAUGGGCCUCAGCCUCAGCCCUUCACCUCAUAAACUUUGUGCUGUCCCCUGUAUGUGAUGAGGGGGAGGGCUUAGUAAUGAAAAACCACAAUUGUUUUAAAAGUAGUGAGAAUAUUCAACAGCACUAAUGUAAGUAAAUAGAAUAAAAUUAACAGCUUCUUUAAACUGUCCCAGCAAUGGGCUAAUGUCACUGGCAACAUACUGGGCUUGCAGAGCAGGUAACAGAUUAUAUGUAUCAUGAUCCAAAAUAUGGUUGUCUAGUAACUUGUGAUGCAAAAUGACAAUGUCAUAUGUUGUAUCUCAUGAGAUGUCACUUUCUUUGUACCACAUAGUCUUUAGGAAGUAAAAAUGUGCGUUUAUGAGGUGAGGGUGAUGGUGGCCAAACAAAGCAGAGGAGUUUGAACUUCUAAGAGAAGGCUUCAUGUCUGAUAUAUCAAAUUAUACAAAGCAUGCUUUUAAAUUAUCUUAUGGUUAUUUCCAGUCUUUCCCACACAAGCAUUUAAGGCCUCCAGCAGUCUCCAGGCAGCAUCUUCUCUAGAACCAACUUGAAAAAGGUCACAUGAAUCAGAACAGUUACUAAAUUAAAGGAUCCUUAUCGAUGUCUGUAAGAAAUUCAAAGGUGAAUUUCUUUUUCUUUUCUUAUCAAAUGAGUGAUUAGCUGCCUUUUAAAAUCUGCUUUGAUUUUGAUUUGUUUUCUCUGGUAUAAGGAAAAGCCUUUGAUACAGCCCAACAAAUGAACUAUGCCAUCUCUAAUAUUUUCUUCUCCAUCGUACUGUAUAUGGCAGCAGAUUUGAAUACGAUGACAACAUUAACUUUAGUCAUUUUGUUCAAGAAAUAGUUUAAUUUUUCACUUUUUUUGGAUCGGCAAAUUGGUUGGUGACAGAGAAGAAUACCAAAAGAUUACUGCCCUCAUUGUAAAAGAGAACUUAGCACUGGUCAAUCAUUUAAGAGAGACCCUCAACCAUCAGAUGUGCAGAGGCCUUGUGGAUGCCUCUCUGGUCCGAAAGCAAAAUCUUGAGGUUUGGAAACUUCUAUUCUCUUCUAUUCUAUUCUAAUCUAUCAAAUCUUGAUGUUAAUACAUUCUCAACUGAAAAUACAUGAAAACUUAAUAAAGUGAUAUGAUAACAGUCCUAGGACCAAACAGG